ACAAUACUCAAACAUGACUAUAUGUGAUUACGCCAGUGUAUACUUCUAGAAGAUAAGUUAAUUCAGUCGCGUUUAUCUCAUAUCGGAUUAGGCAAAUCCGAUUCACCCCUUUUUAUGUUAUCUUGUGGAGGGUGGGACAUAUCUACAUAUAUUGAUUCCAGGGUUCGUUCUAUAUCAGGCCAAAUUAUUACUUACUUACUUACUCACGCUUGUUACUCCCAAUAGAAAAUAGGCCGCAGACCAUCAUUCUCCAACUCACUCUAUCCUGAGCCUUCUUUUCAAGUUCCAUCCGAUUCUUGUUCAUUUUUUUCACGUCUAUCUCCAUUUUUCAGCGUUAUGUAUUCUCUGGUCUUACUCUUUAUCUUUGACCUUGAGGAUUCUACGUAAGAACUAGUCUUGUGUCACAUUUGGGUGGUUUUCUUGAUGUAUGUCCUAUUUAUUUCCGAAGUUUUUUCCUGAUUUCUUCCUCCGCUGUGAUCUGUUAUGUUUCUUCUAGAUGAUGGCUUUCGUAGUUCUACAGGUUUCCGCCCCAUUUAGUACCACUGCCUUGACAUUUGUAUUAAAAAUCUUGACCUUAGUGUUGGUUGACAUUUGCUUUGAGUUUCAUAUGUUCUUUGAUUGUAAAUAUGUUGCUCUUGCUUUGCCGAACUGCACUUUCACAUGUGCAUCAAAUUCCCCAUGUUCAUCAAUGAUGCUGCUUAAAUGCGUAAAGGUUUUUACAACUUCCAAAUCUCCUCUGUCAGUUGUGUUUGUAUUGGUGAAUGCUGUGUUGUGUCGAAGAAUCUUGCUUUUUCCUUUGUGUAUAUUGAGACCUACUGCUGCUGAGGCUGCUACUGUACUGGUCAUCUUCUCCUGCAUUUGCUGUUGCGUUUGCGAUAUAAGAUCCAGGUCAUCUGCAAAGUCUAGAUCGUCCAGCCGCAUCCCUAUCUGUGCACUGUGUCCCGUGCUUUCCUUCAGAUGUUGACGUCUUCAUGAUCCAGUCGAUCACCAGGAGAAAGAGAAAGGGUGAGAGUAAGCAACCUUGCCUAACACCGGUCUUCAC